AUAACAUGGAGAUGUGAAGCCAAAGCUCAACCUAAGCAAGAGUAUACGUGGUUCAAAAAUGGUGCCAAGCUUUUACCUAUACCAGGCGAAAUAGAAAUAUCACAAAAUGUCCUGGUUAUCCGAAAUCUAAAUGCAUUACGUCAUGAUGGGAUGUAUCAGUGCAGAGCUUCCAAUGUUCAUGGUGAUGCUUUUAGUAGUGGACAGCUUAGAGUACUAUCCUUCACACCAACAUUUCAUAAACACCCUCUUGAAGCCAACAGCAUGGGCGCUGUUGGAGGCAACACCACCAUAAUCUGUGAACCAGAGGCGGCACCUUUCCCAACUUUUACAUGGUUAAAGAAUGGUCUAGAUUUAGGAUUAGUUGAUGGUGAUACAAGUUCUAGAAUUAGGAAGAUGAGAAAUGGUAAUCUCCUGAUCACACAAGUAAUGAUAUCAGAUAGUGGAAGAUAUACCUGUAGGGCUGAGAACCUUAACGGUAUUGCUGAAAGUUCUGGAAAUCUAAAAGUCGUUGGUAUUACAGUUAUUGCAGUAGCACCAAGUAAUGUCAGAGUUCUGAUAAACAACACUGCAUUUAUGACUUGUCAAGCUUCACAUAAUGUUGAAAAAGAUUUGGUAAUAACAUGGAGAUUUAAUAAUAUACCUCUAAACUUAGAUGAUGGUCAUUACAGAGAGAAUACAGGUUCAGUGCAGGGAUUGUAUAUUUUACAAGCUUUAUAUAGACAUGAGGGGACCUACACCUGUGUCGCUAAAACUUCCUUCGAUUCAGAUGAAAUGUCAGCUGUAUUAACCGUUCAAGGUCCACCUGCAGAAUGUGCUGGUGUUUAUAUAGAUUCAAAGUCAAUUACGAUAUCGUCAAUGGUUGUUUGGUGGACACCGUCUUUCAUUCGCCCAGUAGUGUACUAUAGAAUCGAAGCUAAGUCAAAUUUUGCAACCAACUGGACUGUAGUUGUUCCUACAGAUACUGUUGUUGAUGGAUAUGAUAAACGAAGAGCUUUAAUUACUGGUUUAAACCCAGGAACAGAUUAUUUAAUGAGAGUGAGAGCUGGAAAUAUUUAUGGUCUCGGUACAACAAGUAUAUCGUCAGCUUCCUAUGCAACACCACCUGGUCCCCCUCAAGUAGCACCAACUAACAUUACUGGUGCUGGAGGUAAAGUCGGUGAUUUACACGUCGUCUGGAAGCCUUUAGACACUAGUGAACAUGGCGGGGAUGGCAUAGGGUAUAAUUUCUAUUGGAAAUUAAAAUCAGAUGAAAUAUAUGGUAGAAGAUAUUUAAAGGAAGGUAAAACGGGAAACCAUAAUUUUCAUGUCGUGACUGUGGGAUCCAAUAAUUAUUAUUUACAAUACGAUGUCAUGGUGCAAGCUUUUAAUAAUUAUGGUGUUGGUCCCAAUUCGUCUGUUGUUACUGUUUAUUCGGCUGAAGAUUUACCAAUAGGAACACCACUUGGUAUAUUGUCCAGUAGAUACAACGCCACAGCUUUAAAUGUAUCCUGGACACCUGUACCUGAUAACAGAGAGAAUAUGAAAGGUCGUGUUUUGGGAUAUCAGAUUAACUAUUGGAAAGUGAAUGAAAGCGACCCAAGAGUUGUUUCAGCUAGUCACGUUGGACAAUUUGACAGUUAUCUGAUAAUCGGUUUAGAACCAAGUACAAUGUAUGAAAUGGAUGCCCAGGUAUACAACACAGCUGGACUUGGACCAAAAAGUGAAAAGUAUCGACAAAGAACCUGGUCAAAUGGUUAG